AUGAAAUUAUAUGGCCUUUAUUAUAACUUUAUAACACUAUAUUUAUUUUUGAUAAACCUUAUAAUAAUAACGAAAUCACAAUCAUUUUUCAACUAUACAGAGAGAAAUUUAAAUGAAACUUUCUCUCAAAAUGGAUCACCUCUUAUAGCAGAUAUUAAAACUUACGAUGAUGGAACGAUUCUUGUUCAUAUUGUACGAUUUGAUUCAACACAAACAAUUGAUUGUUCAAGAUUUCAUGGAAUGAGUUUAGAACAGCAAAUACAUAUUAGAAUUAUUCAUUUAAAUGGAACAGUUAAAGAGAUCGAACCUGAUUUAAAAUUGCAUCCAAUAAAUUAUUGCUUAUUCAAUAAUGCCAAAUACAAAUUUAACAAAUUUAACAACGUAGUCGUAUACUUAAAAGAUACUAAUUAUCAAAAAAAUAAUGCAAGAAUAUUUCGUGAUAUAAUAAAUCCUAUUACAAUUUACCCUUUACAAAAGCAGUUCAUUUUAGUAACUUAUAUAAAAACUACAAAUUCUUCUUAUCUUACAUCUUUUGAUGAGUGGGGAGAAAUUAUUGAUUGGAAUGGUAAAAGUCGAAGUUCAAUACGUUUAGGUAUUUGGGAUAAUAGUGCAAUUCAGUUAAAUGUAAACCAGAAACUUGGAUUUCUUAGAUUUGCUAAUGUAAAUUCACAUUUGAUUGGAUUGAAGCAAUAUUCAGUAGAUAAUUUCGGAAAUUUAACACAAUUAAUAAAUGAUAGUAUUAGAAGUUACACUUUUCCGUUCUUCCCGAUCGCAAAAAUGCCCACUGGUGAUAAUGGUUAUGCAAUAGUUGUUACCUUUACGGUUGAAAGUAAUAGCGUCAAUUCUUUUAUCCAAAAUGGCGAACUUUAUUUAAUCUUUAUACCUUACAACAAAGCAGCAAAUAAUAACGGUCCAAAGCUUUUCUAUAAAAUAACACAACCAAAUAUAAUUAACUCAGCUUAUUGUAAUAUAGAUCCUUUUGCUGAAGGUAUCUAUUGUACAGUAUCCGACAAUAGUUCGCACUAUACACGAAUUAGACUUUCUUCGUCAAAAAUUUCUGGUUUACCAACUUUCACUGCAAUAUCUGAUCUCCCUAACAUAACAGGUCUGUUUCAGCAAGGUUGGGAAACAAAAGCUAUGCCAUUUGGUGGCUAUAUAUUAGAUGUUACAGCUCAUGACGAUAAUGAUAACAAUACUUAUCAUUAUAUUUAUGCUUAUGAUGAUUUCAAUACUUUAAUUACUUCAAAUUCAUCGGGACCUUAUCUUACAAAUUUUCUUGGUGCAAAUGCUAUUAUAAGGAAUAAUACUUUUCUACUUGCUUCACCUCAUACAAAUGAAAAUUCUUGGUCUUUGCUUACUAUUCAGUUACCUAAAGUUCGUCAAGAUAAUGGCUAUGAUAAUGUACUGAUAAAAAAAACUGUUCCGUCAAUCAAUGCUACUGUCAAUUCAUCAACUACCGCCCUGAGCAUCACCUUCAAAGAUCGGCUUGUUUUGUCAACUGGCAACAUCACCAUUUACAAAGCUUCUGAUAACAGCAUUAGACAAAGAGUUUCAGGAAAAAUGCAAGAUUUUUGUAAAAUCGAUCCAGAUGGGUUUACUGUUAAC